AUGCUGUGUGACAAGUAUCCAGCCCUUCCCGUCUAUGCCUUAGUUGAUGCUGAUCCACACGGUACUUGACUUGGCUUUAAUUUUUCCGACAACAACCGCUGUAGGGAUUGGUAUCUACUUGAAUUAUAAGUAUGGUUCACAAGUGAGUCUUCUGAGUCCGUUACCUAUUUCCCUACCUGCAAAAAUAUCCUACUAAUUUACAUACUGUCUUACUUUUUAUCACAGAAAUGAGCCUUUUAUUAGCCCAGUUAUUCGCAGUCUACGAAGGUGGUCACCAACUUGGGCGUAAGUACUUAGACUGGGAGCCUGAAGUUACUGGCGGAGUUCAAAUGUCCUUCGUUAAAUGUCUUUCCCUGUUUUCGGCCUCGCCUGUCGUUUGAACAAACUAAGCCUGAGUAGUUCAAAUUAGAUGUGGAACUCCGCUUCCAGUUGUCGAAAUCGCCGUUGUUCGACGCACCAGCUCCCACGCUUCAUCCACCUACACCGUGUUGUUAACCGAGGUGGCCGUUUGUUGGAAUGAUUUAUGCGCAGGCCAGUGUCAUUAUCGAUGACAUCCGACUAAAUGGGGCAAUAUACGAUGAAGACGGUGGCUUCAAGUGUUUCUGUUUGGCUUCUUUUGCCACUUAGUCAUUGCUAUUGAGACUUGAAAUGUUAUGCAUUCGAAUCAGUUCUUUUAAGAAACUCCCCAUCUACUUGAUUUCCGUGGUUAACUUGUGUAAAAUCGACGCCCCCUAGUUUGCCCUCAAGCAAGUUGGGUAUGUGUUACCUUCUUGUCAAAACGGACUCACAAAAUCCAAUUUAUUGAAUUGUUGAUGGCUCUUCGAGACCGUGUCUGUAUUUUCGUCCUCUUUCUGCUUUUCACCUGCUUAACAUACCUAAAGUGGGUAUUACGUAAGGUAACCACCCCCGUAAUAAAAUGAAAUUACAUAACCGAAAUGGCAUCUGAAACCAAAUUCUGUAGAUACAGGUUUCCUCGAUUUUAUGGCGAGUUUGUGCCGCUGUGCAUUCUAAACCUGCUGGGCACGUCCAGGACCUUCAAUAGAACUGUUGUAUUCAUAAUCGUGGGAAUCUUUCCCACUCUUAGGAAAUUCAUUAAAACCAAGUUCAAUCAAAUCUUUGAAUAAUGAAAGUGUGUAAACAAUUUGCUCUUUGAUAUUCUCGGUCUAAGUUAAAUUGGAGAAAGGUUUGGAACUUCAAAACCUUCCUUGUUUAAGAACGAAGCGAUGAAGCUCAGCGAGACGACCUCACCUUUCCUUCAGAGGUUCCGACUUCUUGGCAUUCUUCCGUCUGAACUCUCAAGGUAGGUUAACGCUUGUUCAUGUAUUUUCGACCUUAUAGGCUUCAAAUUCCCUCCGAGGGUCUACUCGAUUUAACAGAUACCGACCGGACUUUGAUCAAGACCAUGAAAGAACGUGCUUAUAUGGACAGUGAACCGGAGGUUCUACACGAAGUAUCACCUGCGCCUUUUAUUAACUAUCUGUGUACUGUAGCUGGAGAUUCUAGAAAGGCUGGGGAAAAAGGCCGAGAUUCAGUGUAUGGACAGUCUUGGCGUAGACUUCCUUUGUCUGGAAUACCUGAAAAGAAAGCUGCACCAGCAUUCAAACAGCCGACGACUGGAAACAGACAAUGGCCAAUUUUCAAACUUUUUUAGAAUAUAAACUUUUUGAAGCAUUUUUUCCCGGGUAUGAAUUGAAAACAAGCAUGUACAGCAGAAUUCAUUAGGGCCAAUAAAUUUCGUGACGGCUUUUCAACUGCAGCCCGUCUCUGCAUUAUAUAGGUAACGAAUGAAAGCGCACAGCAGUAUGAAUUUGUACAGAAUGGCAGUGCAUAAGAUCAAGGUCAAGGUUCAAGGCAAUGAAUAAUCAGAUGAGACGUCCACAUAAGCAUCAUAUAGGCAAGAGGGAAAUGAAAUUUUAACAACAACUCACAGUCAGGAGUAACUUGAGGCGUUAGAUUAUCAGGGCAAUUGCAGAUCGAUCACGUGAUCUAACUGCUUGCACAGGUCUGGUUUCUCCCUCCGUAUGUAAGCUGCCUCCGAAUAACGCAAGGUUCGAGUUGUUUGCGCUCGGGCAAGUACUCGAAAAGAUGCUUUAGGGUCGACAACAUGACCACUAUCUAACAGGUGUUUCGUUAUAGACGAACGGGGGUUUUGUUUUCCUGUUUGAAAAGCCAAUUAGGCAAAUGCUCAGCGGCCCUGGUUGCCAAUUGCCUUUGCGUUCGCCCAAUGUACUUGCAUCCGCAAGUGCAUGUAAAUUCAUACACACAAUUUGGCGUGGCGUGCAUUGGCAAGGCAUCCUUUGCCCGGUUAAUUGGAAGGCCUUUUGUGGAACUGACGAAGAUAAGAUCCGCUGCGUUGUACGUCCUUUCUAUAGUGCAACGCAAGCGUCGCUUGAUUGUGUUUGACACGUUGACACCCUUAAAAGGUAGACAUAUUAUAACGGGCUUCUUCGGAACGGACUGUUCCGUCAACUUUGGCCGUAAAUGGUUGCUUUACUCCUGAAUGAAGCGUGCAGGAUAACCACGAUUUAUAAUAGUGUAUUUUAGGCUUCUUUGAUGCGGGCAGUUUCUGUAUCUAUGGUCUUUCUGGAGCAAAUAUUUCUCGCUCUUUGAAAAAGAGUAUGUACUAGAUUUCGUGUCCAUUGUAUUGGCGCAAAGCUUUUAAAAUGUAAGUAUUGCCCUUUCCACGUAAUCUUAUGGAAGACGGAGCGUCUUAUUGAACCAUCAUCCCCUCUAAACAUGCGGACGUCUAGGAAGGGUAACUUGUUAAAUUGCUCCAUUUCCAUCGUAAAUUUGAUUUUCGGAUGCAAAAUAUUCAUCAGACAAAGUAGGUCGGAGGCGUCUUCCUUAUUGUCAAUAAUCGUGAAUAUAUCAUCUACGUAUCUCCUGUAUAAUGCUGUCGUGUUCAAUUUUGAUGACACCUUUUCUUCUAGGUAACCCAUAAACACAUCGGCGAGGGUUGGCCCGAGUGGACUACCCAUUGCGACUCCGUCAAUUUGUCUGUAAAGUUCCCCAUUAGACAGAAGUUGAACAUUUUUGGUGCAAAGUACCAGCAGAUCGCGUAG